AAAUCAUGAAAUAUCAUUAAUAUGGUCAACUCGCAGUAACCUCUCGCCAUUUUAUCUGAUGUAUUUAUUCCUGACUUUAAGUUAAUCAAUAUGACAACCAAGACAUGUGAAGCCAAAUUUCAGACUGGUCUGUUUCCAUGUCUUUUUGCCGAACUGCUGCUGGAACGUGCAACAGGUUAUUAUGUAACCCAAACUUACAUACCCAGUUUUCUUAUCGUCACUCUGUCUUGGGUGUCGUUCUGGAUAGAUUAUGAUGCAGUACCAGCUCGUAUAUCUGUUGGCCUUCUGACUGUUCUCACAACAACUACCCAAAGUGCGGGUGUCCGAGCAGAGUUACCUAAAGUGCCUUAUGUUAAAGCUAUAGAUGUGUGGUUGGUGUCCUGUCUUAUAUUUGUAUUUGCUGCCUAUAUGGAGUACGCUGUAGUCACAGUUUUAGCAAGAAGACAUCGAAAAUUAUAUAUUCAGGGACCAGAAAAUUUAUCAUUGAAUAACAAUUUACCAAUAGAAUAUAAUGAAAAAAGAAAAUAUUCUCUAAAAAGGACAAGUGAAAUACCAGGAAAGACAUUAAAAGAAUCGAAAACUGUUGAUUACUGCCCAGCACGCACUGUAGAAAAACUUUUCGCCAGAUUAAAAACAAAAUAG